AUGACACCUGCACCAUGCCGUGGCCUCACCCUUCUACACGAUCCUUUCGCACCAGCUUACUAUGUCUUCAACGCAUCCACAAGGGCAGUUACCUGGUUGCCUCCGUGCCAGAAUGCGGAUUUUGUGACUGCUGGACUUGGGUUUGAUGCCCGGACAAAGAAGUACAAGGUGGUGAGGUUAUUCUUCGGGGAUUAUUGUGAUGAGCAGUAUAUCAUGUGCGAGAUAUACACGCUGGGGGGUGAUCAUGGGGAUGUUUGGAGGCUGCCUGCUGCAGGUGUACCCUUCAGAUUCUGCAGGGCUGCUGCGGCAGCCAUCGACCAUGUUAGAUGGGACAAACUGCUGCCAGUAUUUGCGAAUGGGUGUCUGCAUUGGCUUCUCUGUCCCUCAUUCGUCAUUAAACGGCCACGAGCUGCCAUCCUAUCCUUUUCUGUCACAGAUGAGACCUUUGCAUGGGUCUGGUCGCCACCGUUUGAGGCAUCAGGCGUGCACUUGGUGGAGCUUGCUGGCCACCUGUGCAUGGUCCGGGACCUUCGUCAUGUCGGCAUGCUAGAGAUUUGGAAGCUGAAUGACUGUAGCUCUGAUGGUUGGUCACUGGAACAUCGCAUUGAUCUGUUGCAGCAUGUUGGCAGAGAUGAUUUAAUUGAACCUGAGAUUGUUAGAGUUAUUGGUUCUGUUGGCAGUUGUGGGUCCAAGAAGAGGAUAGUCAUUGCUACAUCCAAACGCAAGGUGGUUGUCUAUGAUCCCGUGUUUCAGACCCUAGAAGAAACUGUUAUUGCAAUCAGAGAGACCCAUUCGUCUUACCAAGCCGAAAAUCUUGCUCUUAGCUGCGUCUCCCUGUUUCAAGAGAGCCUGGUUCCAGUGCGUCAGGCAAAUGAAGAGAGGGCGCUGUCAGCUCCCCUGGCUAAAGCGACUAGGGAGAUCUUGCUCCGACUCCCAGGUGAUUGUACCAUGCGAUUCAAACUUGUCUGCAAGCAGUGGCUUAGCUUGAUUGAGGGUAACAGCUUAAUGCGCUCUUAUCACUCGCAUAACAACAUGGACAAGAGGCCCAAGAUCAUGCUUGUGGGCAAGGGCAUCACUAGGGAUCGCAUCACUAGAGGAUCUGGCUUCAGUUUUACUCCCUGCUCAAAGUUGCUCCAACAUGCUCGUAGACAUGAUAUAUGGCUUGACACAAAGGUGGUUUGCUCCAAGCCUUGCCAUGGCAUGAACCUGCUAAGCACUGAGCUGAAGGAUUAUCUCUACAACCCCUGUACAGUUUUCUGUCGUGUGUAUCACACUCGAGGGAUGGCAUCCGUCCACGUACCCUGGAACAUUCCUCGCUAUGGUUGUAUACCAGAAUGCCUGCAUGCUUUUGCAGUCGGCCGCAAGAAUGUUGGCCUGGGGCUCAAUCUGUCGACGCAGGAUCACGUGAUUGUUGAAAUGUUUUACCACGUGAAGGACUUCGAAUCCCGUCGAUAUUUCUUGACAUGCAUAGCGUCCGAGUGUAGAAGGGGCUCUGUGAGAGACUGCUUCCCGCCACCUCUGCCUGUGAGUGACAUGCCGCCGGCGUAUCUUGCAGGAGUGCUCUACUGGAUGACUGAUCCAAGGUUGGGCGAAAGUGACGCGAGGGCCGUUGUGUCGUUUGACAUAACAAGAAGUGAAUUUGGUGUCAUCCCCUGUCCGCCAUGUAUUGCUAGGUGGAACUACGGAAGUGCUUCCAGUGCUUUUGUGGUUGAGCUUGAGGGGACAUUAUGUGCUGUUCUUGCAGACCCUGAUGGAGAAGAGCUAAGUAUUUGGAAGCGAGAGAAUGGUCAGUGGCUUAGCGCAUACACGGUGUAUUUGGAAGGUUGGCCAGGCUAUUCCCUUGGAGCAAAUGUUGUGGUGCCAUGGGCUAUCGAUCCCAAGGACGGGAAGAUCUUGCUAAAGACGGGGAGGAAAUUGGGAUUCUAUGAUCCAGCAAGGCGUUUUAUUGAGAAUCUGUAUGAUCUUGAAGAGGUGCUGCAUGUCAGGAGUACAGAGCAAUACUAUCAUAUUGGAGUCCCUGAAAAUCUUCACAUUGCCAAAUGCAAACAUGAUGUUGAGAAGUUCUGUUCACAGAAAUCACUUUUGGUGCAGUGCGAGGUUGAUAGUUGGAACAAGAAAUGUCUGAAGAGAUGGACCUUGCCAGAAAAACAGGAACAAGACCAAGCAAUAUUUCAGGUACAGUUGGUAUCUGCAUUCUUCAAUAUGCCAGAAAAGGAGUCUGGUUAA